GACGGCGAAGACGAGGAGGACGCAGCCGUAGAAGUCAAGGCAGAUUCCGAUAGCGAGGAGAAGGAGGAGGCAGAAGCCAAGGCGGAUUCCGACAGCGAGGAGAAAGAAGAGGAGGCAGAAGCCAAAGCCGACGACUCUGACAGCGAAGAGAAGGCUGAGGCAGAAGAUGCCAAAGAGGACUCUGAUAGCGAAGAGAAACCGGCUGCUCAAGAGGACUCAGACAGUGAGGAGCAGCAGAAGAAGGAGUCUGAAAGCAGCGCGGAAGAGUCUCCAGUAGCGCGGAAGAAGUCCGAUUCCGAGAGUGAAAAGCACGCAAGAAAAAAGAGGCAAGCAAACCGCCGAAAGGACUCCUCGGAAGGAUCUUCCUCUGCACAGAAGGCCAGGGCGAGAAGAAGAAAGGAGCACCGAAGAAGUGCCAGCAAACGCCGGCGAAGGAGUGGUCGAAGAUCCCGGCACCGUCGCAGCCGCAGCCGCUCGCGCCGGCGGCGCUCGGAG